GUGGAAUCUGUCUCAGUGUCAUCCAGCUCGGGGCCAAUCCCGUGCCAGCAACGAGCACUCCUCUUCGAACUGCCGCGUGGUACUCUUCCUGGAUACCACUCGAUUCCUUUUCCUCUUUCAAGAGGAUUCGAACGUCAUCUUUGAUACCCUGACGUGACGCUGAUCAGUGUCAGAUGCGACAGGAGGAUGUUGCUGCUGUUCCUGCUGCUGUUCCUGCCCCUGCUGACGGCGACGGAGACCACGCAGCCUACCAUGAUGGAGGACGGAUGGAGGCUGCAAUCGAAGGACGCGAGGAGUCCUGCAGAGUGGAUCGGUGAUGGGAUUCUGAACGUCGUCGACACUGUUCUACCUGUGUCCAGAUCUUCUGUGGAAGCCCGUAAGAAGAAGAAGAUGAAGUUGAACAAAUACCUCAUACCCCUGAUCGUGGGGUUCAUGCUGAUCAAGUCGAUCCUCCUACCAAUUGCACUGAAGACCCUAGCCAUUCUGAGUGGCAAAGCAGUGGUGCUCAGUCUAAUGAGUCUGAUCCUAGCAGCCAUCGUCGGCCUGAAGAAGGUCGCCCAGAGCCACUCAGGCGGCGGCUACGACGUGGUGCCCUUGGGUAAAUACAGGAGGCAGGAUGUGUUCGAAAUGGCGGACGACACUGCAGAGUCGGAGCCUUAUAAAUUUUAUAGAGAACGGCGUAAAAGAAAGUAA